AUGGCCAGUAAAGAAGGCGACUCAGGAGAUGUUCCAUCGGUGGCUGGUUCUUUGAUUAUGAUCAUCAUCAACACCAUUACUUGUCCAUUCACAGUUCUGCUCAACGCGCUGGUGAUAAAGGCCGUAAAAACGACGCCUGGACUCCGUACCAACAGCAACAUCUUGUUGUCCUGUUUAGCGGUGACCGAUGUAUUAACUGGUCUCUUUAGCCAGCCAUUCUUUAUCCUGUGGCAGAUUUUCCUACUACUCGGUCUCAGUAACAGUAAGACACUUCAGAAAUGCUUUCAGGUAUCUGUGAUUGUAUUGCAAACAGCUUCAUACCUCUAUCUGAUGUUGGUUACUUUCGAGAGACUUGUAGCGAUCAAAUUUACGAUGAAAUAUUCAAACAUUAUAACUGAUGAUAACAUGAGGAGAGCAGUUUUAUUAGUUUGGAUCAUUGCGUUCAUCAGUGGGGUUUUAAGAGGGAUGGAAAUGGUCAGAGUAGCAAGUUCUUUGGCAGGUCUUCUUAUUCUCACAUGUAUCUUUUUCCUUGCUUUUGUUUACGUCAUCAUGUAUCGAGAAACACGUCGCCACCAAGAGAAGAUAAAAAAUCAACAAUUGCCUCAAGAAGAAAUGGAAAGAUUUGCCAAAGAGAACAAGGCGCUGAAAACAACUUUGUUUGUUGUUGGUGCUGUUGUUAUUUGCCUUCUCCCACUUUGUUUCUGUCUUAUCGUUAUAGCUACAGGCCUUUACAAUGCAAUUACUUGCCCGAUCAACCAACCAUUGGUGAUAACAUGUGCCAUGUUAAACCCGCUUGUUAAUCCACUGAUCUACUGUUGGAGACAAAAGGAAAUGAGAAAGGUCAUUUUGGAAUAAGAACCCAGGUCGUGCAUUCAGAGAUACAGUGAAGGAGGGAAAUGUAAAGAAAAGAGUGAACAACUUGAUAACUAUAUUUCUAGAUUUUGCGUUGGCCUUUUUCAUCCACUCUUAAACAACUCGCUGUUUGUUGUUCUAUAUGACAGUUAAGAUUUUGAUCACAAAAGGUAAUUCAAUAAUCAACCUCGUGCAAGUUAGCAACAUCGUUUGAAAUCGGCAAUCAGUGAAAGUCCUCUUUCUUUCAAACGGUGCUGGUGCUUGUCACAAAUCUGCUCCCGGAGCGUUCUAGAAUACGUGGUAAAUGUAUGUAAGGAAUCAGUCGUGUUGUAGUAGUUUUUGUUGUUUCCGGGAGUGACCGACUGUUUGGAAAGCUAUACCGAGAGAGUUACUGUGAUACACUUCAGAGAUUUUGUUUCGGGGAGCUUUUUCGACAACUGUGAGUUUGUCUGUGGCGGGCUAAGUUAUAGUCUGUAGUGGACUUAAGUGAGUUUAUUAAGGAUAAUUACUUUAUUGCUUUUGGGAGUCGCUUCUCAAUAAGAAAAUUCCUCGUUGUUUGAUAACAUAGUUGGAUUUGUAGGAUGUUAGCGUUCUUUCUGUCAGAUAAUCUAUACCGUAACAAUAUUGUCUGCGAUGAAAUGCAAAUACAAAUAAAAGCAAUUCAAAUAAAUAAAGGCUUGGGAUCCGAUUUUGAGAAUUUGAUUCUUAUUCAGAUAAUUGUAUAGUUAUGUAAUAGUAAUAAUAGAUUUUCAACGUGUUUUCUAUAACCAAAACACCAGACUAUCAUAUUAAGGAAUAAAACUAAACAGAAUGGCAAUCAGAGGGGAGAUAAGUUAUUUUGGUUCUCUUGCAUAAUCGUAACAUAACUUACUUCGGAUGGAGAAAUUCAAAGAAUAGAUUCCAAGAGUAUGUGUCCUACAGUUAGCCGACAAAAUUUUCAUAAUUUAAAAUGACGCUACCUAGAUAUUCCAAAAACUCUGACAAAAUUCUGCAUUCUCCUACUCUACUGGAUUUCUACACGCACGACCUGAGUUCUUAUUCCAAUACUAACCUUUCUCAGUUCUUUUUGUCUUCAGCAGUACUGAAAUCAGUGGAUUAACAUGCGACUUAAGCAUGAUGCAUCAUGUUGCAUCAAUGGUACGUUGAUGGGGCAAAAAUCAGAAUGGCCUUUUGCAGCGACAAUAAGACAGAAAUAAAGUGGAAGGCAAAGAAAACCAGCACCGGAUACAAACAUCUUCUCCUUUGGGUAGUCGCUGUGCUUUCAGUAUCUUCUCUCGGCGGCGAACUGCCGCUCGAUAUAUGAUGAAGAACGCCAGAUGAAGAAAGAGAAUAGAUGAAAUGGCGAGAAGACAAAAGCUAAAACGAAAAUGCUAAACGCCACCCAAUAAGAUGGAUUUCCCUCAAGCUCUGCUCAUAAAUUAAUCUUAAUCCAAAAGUGACUUCCAGUUUCUUCCAGAUAUUGCCAAAUGUGUUUUUAAAAGUCAAAAUCGUUUCAGCCCCUGAUAGCUUGAUCGCCUGUUCACUUACUUCAUCACAUAAUUCUGGACUUUUUCCCUACCAUCUCUCGAUAAAUGUUUCGUGUUUCAUGAGCUGAGUAAUUCUCUUUCGUUAGAUUAGAUUUGCAUUCAAACAAAAGCUGAAUCUGUAAGAUAUAGAUCAAUUUAUUUGACAUCUGUCUUGGUUUAGUUUUUAUAUCGUGGCUACUUUAGCGCCAUUUAUUUGUGAAUCAUUGUGACUAUAAAAAGUAAAAAUACAGUUUGAGCACAGUUCAUUCAUGUUUUAAUGAUGCAAACCGAAAAUUGCAUCAAGAAAACGUUCUUGAUCAGUUUACGGAGGUUGUUAAAGUUCAGUUUGUUGUAUGAUUGCUGAGACUUUUGAAUAUCUAGAUAAGAAUGAAAACUCAGGCGGCUACUCAUGACAAAUGUAUGCUCUUGAAAUCUAUUUCCUGAACCUCUCUAUCCGAUGGCAAGCCCUGUUAUAUGCGAAACUCAAUAUUUUUAUUCUCUUGCUCUGUCAUACUGGGUUAGUUCAGUGAUUUAAAUUACAAAAUAUUGCGUGAAAGGAGUAGACGAGUUUUAUCCAUGACCAAAACACAAAUUAUAAAACUGCGGAACUACAGAUGCGACAGGAGUCAUUAAACUGAUAUUAUUAAACUAAAACGAUGAGCUUCAAAAUACAAAAUAUUGCGUGAAAGACGUAGCCGAGUUUUACACAUGACCAAAACACAAAUUAUAAAACUACGGAACUACAGAUGCGACAGGAGUCGUUAAACUGAUAUCAUUAAACUAAAACGAUGAGCUUUAAACUCACGAACGAUAACACUGCCGAGAAAAAAACCGCGACGCAAUUCUGUCCUUUAAGUCCAUGUCGCAAUAGCACAAUAGAUGUCGAAUGAAUUAAUACAUAUUCUUAUUUUUAUGCAAAUGUUACUUAAUGGACGAAAACAAGUGAACUUAACAUGUACGGGAUAUUUAUCUUGCGAAAGAAAACGAAAAAGUCUCCUGAAGUUACACCAUGAGAAGUUAACUGGCGAUAGAGCUAUUUCCUGUUAUCGCGACGAUUUUGUUCAAGCUUUCACCGGCUGAAACGAUUCUGGACUUAUGAAAACACAUUUACAGCUUUCUGAAAAUCUAAUUAAAAAGAGACGGCAAUCAGUUUUUGAUUAAGAUUUUUGUUAUGGGCAGAGCUUAAGAGGAAUCCAUCUAAUUGGGUGGCGUCAAGCAUCUGCGAUUCACUUUUGUCCUGUAUUGUUGCUGUACACAUGUGUACUGAGGAGCAAUUGCCAGGAGAUGCUUUUACCACUCACUAUGCCAGAGUGAGAGACGGGUUGGAAAAGCUGGUCCGAGGGUCAGACUUGAAUUGCAUUGAGAUUUCAAUUCGAUAUGGCAAACUUCUCCUUGGCUAGUUUUAAAAACACCACAAACAUAACCAGAAGAGAAGGCGACAGAGAUGUCCCAUCGAUGGCUGAUUCUAUAAUCAUAAUCAUCAUCAACACCAUCACUUUUCCCUUCACAGUUAUUCUCAACUUACUUGUGAUAAAGGCUGUAAAAACGACGCCUCGACUCCGUACCAACAAUAACAUAUUGCUGGCCUGUUUAGCGGUGACUGACGCAUUAACUGGUCUCCUUGGUCAGCCAUUGUUUAUCCUGUGGAGAAUUUUCCUCAUAUUCGAUCUCAGUAACAGUAAGACUGUUGGAACUUCUUUUAUCUCGUUUCUACUUGUUAUUCUUGUAUCUUCCUACUUUCAUCUGAUGUUGGUUACUUUCGAGAGACUCAUAGCCAUCAAAGUUACAGUGAAGUACUCAAACAUUAUAACUGAGAAGAACAUGAAGAUAGCAGUGAUAGUAGUUUGGAUCACUGCGUCCUCUUAUGGGGUUUUAAGAAUGGGAAAGGUCAAUACAGCACGUUAUUUGAAGGGCCACUCGCCAUUUCAUGUAUUCUCUUUCUUACUUUCGCUUACCUCAUCAUGUAUCAAGAAACUGCUCGCCACAAAGAGAAGAUAA